AUGUCGUCGCUAUGGGAGGCGAGCGCGCGGUUCCCAAUCACUCAAACCCUCCAUAAACUCUAUAUGAAGAGGGCCAGUCGGAGAGGAGGGUUUACAGCAGGCUAUGUAAGCGAGAAGCUAUGCGAUGACAUGAUCCAGCGCGUCUCCCCCUACCUCCUACGAAACGCCCCAGUCGAUAUCCUUGACUUAUGGCCUGGCUGUGGUCUAUUGUCGUCCAAGCUGAACGACCUGCUUCGUCCUCGUCGUCAUGUUAUGAUAGAGCCAAAUCUGAAGCUAUACGGACCCGUCCUGCAGGAGUUGGCCGAAAGCAAACCUUGCUACAAGUUUGCGUCCGGGGAGGUCUACGGCGCAAACUGGGCGCCAAUUUACGAAAAAUACCUUCCAGAACAGAUUCGUCCCGUGCCUGAAUUUGGUGGAACUUUGCCGAAAAAUGAUACUCUUUUGGUACUUGCGCGCCCUCCAGGAACGGAUUCGAAGCAAAAUCAUUAUACUCCGGCACGGUGGUGGGCUUCGGUAAUGGAAGACUGCAUGAACCAAACCGGUCUUCAUAUGUAUGGCAGUGUUCGUAUCCUGGUUGGGUUGAACACCCAUGAAUUACAAGUAGUGCUUCCCCGCAGCAUUCACGAGCGACGACGGCCAGCCAUGUUGACGGAAAACGUGGCAUUUCAUACCUUUGAGCUCGCCAGUGUAUAUGAACCAGAGCCAUGGUAUACGCUGAAGACUUGGAAGUCCAUCGAGCGCAAUAAACAAAGAGUCGCCGAAAGAACUGCCGAAAAGGGUGUGAUCACCCCUCCCGGGCGUGAGCCCCCUGCACUGCAGAUGGCACCUCAAAGCCCAGCAUCCAGGAAUAAGGUUCCUUAUAAUCCUCGUGCCCGCACAGAAGCCCAUUACCGAUAUGAGAAAGCCAUUCGCAAGUCCGAAGAAUUAUCCAAAACGAAAUCAGAUGACCCGACGCCCAAAACAAAAUCAAAAGUCCACAUUGAGGCACGUACGGCUCGACAUGCCUUGAACUUCGAUAACUUAUGUUCUUUCACUCGAGAAGAUAUCAGCAAUGAUUUGUCUGCGAUUGAUGAUUGCGUACGAAAGCUGUCGCGCGCAGCCGCGGACCCCAAGAUGACUGCAGACGAACUGAAGAAACUCGACCAAGAAAUUGAGACUAGGAAAGCCGCUGCCACUCAGAAACAGGCCGAGUCACAUUACCGCGUUAGUCGCGGCUGGGACCGAUUCCUUGACGAUGCGCGCAUUGAAGCAUGCUCAAACAAGUUGGAUGACUCUGUCCUCCUGUGGGACCGGCGGCCAUUUGAGCCGUUGCUGAUAGAGGAGGAUGAGGUCUUUCCCCGCCUCCCUGAAACGACGCUUUAUUUUGAAGCGGACGAGCAUGCAGUUCUAGCCCGAAAACUCAACAAGUUUGCCCAAAAAGAUCGACAACCGCUGAUGCAGCUUUUCCAAGCCAUGACUCUCAGCUUCGGCAGCGGCAAUCAAAUCAGCAUUGCCGAGCUGGCCGAUCGUCUCUUCCCCGGGCGCGCUGCGAAUGAUAUCGUCAAAGACAUCCCCAGUCUUGCCAAAUACGCGGGGAAACGGCUUAAGCCCGGGUGUGGUCCUAUGCCGCUGGCCGAUAGUACACUGGACCCGACCGAGUGUUUCCAGGAGAAUAUCGAUUAUGACUUAAGCGACGCUCGAGUGAUCACCCUACCGGUCGAUGUCUUCUGGGAUGUUCUGCUAGAAUUCCAUAAGAUGGGCCUCGACUACACGCCGAUUCAGCUAAACCGGCUUCUCGGGGGGAACUUUGACUGCGUAUCGGACUGGAGACUACCAAGCAGAUCACGGAAC